GUAUUUAAAUGUGGGAAUAAACCUUUUGGCUUAUUUUCAUAUUAGUAAAACGGUUUCCCUCUAGUAAGAAAGGGGAGAGAGAGCUGCCUCUGCUCCUAGUUGUAACUUGAGUUCUUUCCACCAGGAAGAAGUCACACACAGAGAGCCUGCUCUAGGAGUUUACAGGAAAUACCAACAUGUCGUGUGACUCGCCGUUCAAGAUGAGAUUCGUUCAUUUGGACCUUAAAGGAGCACCACCAAAGGUCUCAUAUCUCUCUGAGGCUUUCCCCUUGUUCCACGCACUUGGUGCCAACGGCCUCCUCAUAGAGUAUGAGGACACGUUUCCCUAUGAGGGCCACCUGCGGCUGCUGAGGGCCAAGCAUGCGUACAGCCCCUCCGAGGUGACAGAGAUCCUGCGCCUGGCCAGACUCAGCGAGCUGGAAGUUGUUCCCUUGGUGCAGACAUUUGGACACAUGGAGUUUGUGCUAAAGCAUGCAGCAUUUUCCCAUCUCCGUGAAGUGGCGCUCUUCCCCAACACCCUCAACCCUCACGAGGCUGAGUCCCUGGCACUGGUACAAACCAUGAUCGACCAAAUCCUCCAGCUCCACAGGGAUGUCCGGUGGCUCCACAUAGGCUGCGAUGAGGUCUACUACUUAGGUGAGGGGGAGACCUCGAAACAGUGGCUACAGCAGGAACAGAACAGCCACGCGAAACUGUGUCUGUCCCACAUGCAUGCAGUAGCCAGCCACGUGCUGGCCCAGCAUCCUGGCACAACACCCUUGGUGUGGGAUGACAUGCUGCGGGACAUCCCCCAGGAACAGCUAAAAGCAUCUGGGGUGCCGCAGCUGGUGCAGCCUGUGCUCUGGGACUACGGAGCUGACCUGGAUGUCCACAGCAAAAUCUCCCUCAUGGGAAAGUACCAGGAGUGUGGCUUCCAGAGGCUGUGGGCUGCCAGUGCCUUCAAGGGGGCCACAGGGGCUACUCAGGCCCUGACCCCUGUGGAGCAUCACGUCAGAAACCAGGAGCAGUGGCUGCAGGUGGCAGCCAGUGGGCCAGUGGACGCCCUGCAAGGAAUCAUCCUGACUGGCUGGCAGAGGUACGACCACUUCUCUGUGCUGUGUGAGCUGCUCCCUGUGGGAAUCCCUUCCCUGGCUGCCUGUCUACAGUCACUUGUACAUGGAGGCUUUGCUGAGGAUGUUAAGAUGAGAGUGGAGCGACUCCUUGGGGUUUCAAGCCUGGAAAUAACGGAUGCUGUGAGUGAGGGAGCCGGCUCCUUCCCUGGCAGUGACAUCCAUGCCCUCGUCACACAAAUUAGCCUCCACCUGCGCAGCUCUGUGGAUACGCUUCUAGAGAGGAACCGGUAUGUCACUGGCUGGUUCAGCCCCUACCAUCGAAGACGGAAGCUUAUCCACCCAGUUAUGAUUCAGCACAUCCAGCCGGAGGCACUCAGCCUUCUGAGCAGGUGGAGCAGCCUUGUGCAGCGGUUGGAGGCGGCCCUGCAGCUGGCCUUCCACCCGGACACCAUCGAAGAGUGGCUGGAGGAGAACGUGCUCCCAAGCAUGCAGCGGCUGCAGAGUCUUCUGCAGGACUUGGGUGAGGUGGCUGCCCCACCGCCACCGGCCACCAGCCCAGGCUGGGACACAGGUCAGAACCCCUGAGAGGCUGGAGCCCUGUAUAACCUGGACAGCAUCAGCAUUUCUGCCUCAGUGGCCCAGCCCUGUGGGGCCUGUGCUCUUCCCGGUGCGCCCUGGACACCUGUGCAGACAGGCUCCCAAACUGCAUAAACAGUAGCCUCGGGCAGAGCAGACACCAGAAAAAGGCACAUUUGCAGUCUGCAUGUAGAGCUUUAUGAAUUCUGAAAUAAAAAGACCAGUAGAAGCAGAAGUCCCACAACAGAAACUUGAAUGAGCUGUUUACCAGCACCCUAGCUUACAGAGCGUCUCGUUCCUUCACCCAGGAGCGAGUCUCCGCGCUGGGCAGUGUA